AUGCCCUACACCCAAAAGGAAUUCUCAACCCCACCACCUCACCCACCAGCCGGCACACCAGCGGAUUCCCCCACCGCAAAGCCCUGGUACUCGAUCGCACCAGGGGUAUGGGAGUACCUUCUAAACGAAUCGGGCGAGCGCAAAGCCGUGCUCCAAUGGUAUGAACCAAAUGCUGCGUCUACACAGACAGAACCUAUAACACAUACCUACAUCGAAGAGGUGUGUAUUUUGCGGGGCGGGCUGGAGGAUGUAUCGCUUGCGGAGACGUGGACGAUUGGGUGUUAUGCUUAUCGAAAGCCGGGGAUGAAGCAUGGGCCGUAUCGGGCGACGGGGGAGGGGUGUUUGCAGUUUGUUAAGGUUGAGCCGGUGGAUAAGUAG